AUGGCUUUGGCUUCAGCAACUCAUAGCAACGACGAGUACGGGUGGGACCUUUCGCGCGAGGAAGAGGAGGAGCUUUUUGCAACCAUCGAAGAAACCACCUUUGCGCCCACCAACGUCAUCGCGACGCCGAGGAACCCUGUCCACAGAGCUGCCGACUCCCCCGGAAGUGGAGGCUCUAGCUCCACCGCCAGGACCGCCCUGCGACGCCCGAUUGCGAGACUGCCGAGCACCGCGCCUGCCGAAGCCUAUGCCUUGAGAGCCGACAUCCACGCCGCCUUCCCGAGGAGCCCCCGGACGGUGACAAUCACCGACAACGAUAGCGUCUCCGAAAUCGAGUCUCUGGGGCGUCGGUCCCCACAUGGCCAUGGAGAGGAUACUCCUGCCCACUCGAGGAGUGUUGUCUAUAGGGGCUCAAGGCAGGCCCGGGAGAGCCCCGAGGACGAUGAGCCCUUGUCUCCAGGGAGCUAUGUGGCUGAGGAUGUCAGCUAUCCCGACUUAACCCGCGCUCUAUCUGCCUUCGACUCAGCGUCGAACAGAAAGGCGGGGCCAGCAGCUGGACCAGAUGCCGACGGAGGCCCGCCGAACGAGAAGAAACGGUCACCCCUGGCGCUUUUGCGCACGUUCCCACGUAAGCCAUUCAGCGUGUCCGACUUCUCAUCGGCUGCGUGGUGCGAACAGCAGUACGCCUACACGCUCUUCCGCAUGGGCGGGCGCAAGCCCCGGACGGAGGCCAUGAAGCGCGGCACGCGUGUGCACGAGAAGCUCGAGCGCGAGGUGCACACGACCGUCCGCGUCGAGAUCCUCUCGCGCGAGGACGCCUUCGGCCUCAAGAUAUGGAACCUCGUCCAGGGCCUGCGCACACUGCGCGACACAGGCCUAACUCGGGAGCUCGAGGUCUGGGGCCUGGUAGACGGCCACGUCGUCAACGGCAUCAUCGACGGCCUGAGCGAGGGGAACCCGGAUCCCGAGUUCGAGGAGGAGAUUUACAGCAGCCAGGGGAGCAGCAGCCAGGCCUCACAGACCGCCCGCAAGGUCUGGGUCUUUGAAGUCAAGACCAGGGCCCGCCGGUCGGUACCGAGCAUGAGCCACAUGCGCCCGUCCAUGAUCCAGCUGUUCCUCUACCACCGCUUUCUUUCGCAAAUGGUCGACGGCAAGGUAGACUUUCUGCACGUUUACCGGCGGUAUGGCCUCGACCCCGACAAGCCGUUUUCCGACACUUUCCUGGCCGAGAUCGGUAGCCUCCAUGACGAGGUGUUUUUUGACGCUAGUCCAGUGCCCCUAUCUCCAGGCUCCGAAACGGACAGCAUAGGGACGGCCGGGAACGGAUCGACCAAAUCUAGCAACCAGCUUCGCUACAGUACCCUCCGCCAACUCACAGCGCUGCUCAAAGACGAGCUUCGGCAAACCUUCCCCGACGGUUCCCACACCCUGGGGCCUUUUGUCACGAUCGAGUAUCGAUAUCACGGCAAGGAGCCCGUAGUACCAACUGUGGAGGCUGAAGAUCUCAUCGACAAGGGUCUCCGGAAGAAACACCGGAAGAAACGAGUCGCCGACGAGGAGCAAGACGCAGAACACUGGAUAGAGCACCGAAGAUUUCACAUGAACAACGAAAAGCUAGACAACUGGCUGGAGGGGCACAUGCAGUGGUGGCGCGGCGAGCGGGACGCCGUGGGCGUGAGCAUCGAAGACGCGGACAAGUGCCGGUCCUGCCAGUUCUCUGAAGACUGCGGCUGGGUCGCCGACAUGCACAAAAAGGCCGUUACUCAGGCAAAGGAGAACAAGAAGACGGCAGAAGCCGGAAAGGAGAGGUUGGCAAGGCGUGGCUAA